GUUAUUCCUCUGUGUAGGGUAGGAUGUGGUCUGCAAAGAGGCAGACUCUGUUUUUGGAUACGCUAAGUGAUUCUUCCAUCACAUCUGCCAACAAAGUGGAGAUUCUGGACACAGUGCUCCAUUACUGCUUUUCUCAUGGCUUCACAGAAACAAUCACAAGUGUAUGGCAUUGAAGAAAAGAAUCUGAUACGACUUGGCUGUAUUCACAGGAAAGUGACGACUCGAGUCCUAUUAUUUGUGUUUCAGAAUGGUUCCCCUGGUAGAUCCAGUUACUCUUCAUUGCUAGACUACUACAAAGCUGAGGGAAUUCUGGGUUUUGCGAAAGGUCUCACUACUGUCCAGAAGGAAAAGAUCAAGAAUGACCGUGAUGGGGAGUCAUUCGAUAUUACGCUGUUGUACAAAUGCCUUCGCAAUGGGAGCCAUGGCCUUGCCAAGGACUGUGAGAACUGGAAAGCACAGGACAAAGAAAUAGCUGGCAUAGAAUCUCUCAUAACCAUUGUCAAAAAUAAAAGGAAUGAUCUUGCUCAUGAUGACCACUCACCCCUCACAAACAAGAACCUCACUGAGGAAGCAAAAGAGAUUCAAGACAUCUUGACUAGGAUUCUGAAAUUUAGUGGGCAGAUUUACAGUCUUAAACCAGGCAUAGUUGAACAUGAGAUUGAUGAUGUGGAAUCUGAAAUUCUGAGGUAUCUUUUUGGUGAGUUUGAACCAAGUACAUUUGAAGACUACAAGAAGGAGAUGCUCUUUGAAGCCCUGUCAGACAUAGUCAACGAAGAAGGAGUGAAGGAAGUGCAUCAGCAAUAUGACAUGGCUUAUGAAAGUGAAGUAAGUAAUGUGAACCACUUAGUUGAGGUCAAACUCCCUUUAAAGGAAGUUUAUACAGAGAUGAAACUUAAAGAAGACUUGCCAUCUGGACAAGAGGUCAGUGUUUCAUAUGAGGAUAUUUUGUGCGACCAGAGUUCUAAGAAAAAAAAUGGUAUCGUUGUAAUAGAUGGUGCAGCUGGGGUUGGGAAAACAACGCUGACAAAGAAGAUUGUAUGUGAUUGGAAAUUAAAGGAGGGUAACAUGAAAGACCUUGACACUUAUGAUCUCUUGCUGAAAGCUGAGUGCAGGAACUCAGCCAUAAAGUCAUUCAAUGAUUUACUAUAUCACCUUAUGCCAAGGGUUUCCAAAAUAUUCAAACCUGGUGAUCUGAAAAGGGUGGUACUUGCUCAGAAGGUACUCAUCAUACUGGAUGGCCUGGAUGAACUGAAUAAGUCUUCAGCUAAUUUACUUGGGGAAAUUCUCGACCUUAAGACACAUUUUGGAAUAACAUUGCUGAUUACAACCAGACCUGAGAAACUAACUUAUUUGCACCAAAGAGUGAAUUCCCACAACUUGAAGCAUAUCCAGCUUUUGGGAAUUCCUCUGGAAAGGAGGGAUGAUUUUGCCAUCAAAUACCACAGUCAGAUUGCUAAGAUAUAUCCACAUGCACAAGAUGUACAAGGCCUACUCAGCUAUCUGAAAAGAACUGAACAUCGUUUAGCUGACUUAUGGAGGCUGCCAUAUAACCUUUCUCUGCUGAACAUAUUAUGGGCUUAUGACUACAUGAAUGUCUUCAAAAUUAGUACUGCCCCUGAGCUGUAUGGAGAGAUUCUCAGAUUGUACAAAAACAAACUGAAAGAAAGACUGCAAGUCAGUUCACCAGCUGAUGAGUCUGUGUUGCACAGAAAGAUUGAUUACUUCUUGCAUGCUUUAAGUAAAGAAUCCCUAAGAGGACUAAUUGAUGAUCAUAUUACCCUGCCACAAGAAACCUAUAAAAGACUGGAGGAAGUUUGCAGAAAUAUACAAGUUCCCAUUGAAGAAAUGAUUAGUGCAUUCCUUAAGCGUGUUCAUAGCAAAGAUGUGAUAUACACAUUUCCACACAAAGGUCUCCAAGAUUUUCUCGCAGCUUUGUACAUUUUUCUUGAAAUAUCUGGGGAGGAUCAUGGACAUGACAUAGAACAUAUAAUGGAAGGUGUAACUUCAUAUCUUAUUCAGAAGAGAGUUUCACCUAGAGUGAGUCAUAUCAUUGUGGAAUCGGUAAAAGAAAAAUUAACAAAUAAGAACACGAUCAAAAGAAAGAGUCUUAAAACAGAUGUUAAUUCAAUGCUACAGUCAUUUGUACGCCGCGAAACAAGCGUCAUUUGGAAUUUGUUAGAAGAAAUUCAUGGCUCCUCUCAAUUUGAAUUAGCAAAAUUUGAAAACAUUUUAUUUUGCCUAAUAGGAAUGUUCUACUCCGAAAAGGCUCAAAUUGCUAAAGAAGUGAAACUAGAAGCUUUGGAACUCCUCCAGUCAACUGGAAUGAGCGACAGAGAUUCGUGGAUCAAAAUGCUUAACUCUGUUAGGUGUGAUGAGUUCACUGCUGCCUUCAUCAGUAAGCAGCAAAAGAUUUUCAGUGGAAACAUUCAGAUAACAGAUUCAUCAGUGUCUGCCUACAUUGCUCUCUUGAAAUCUUUAAAGCGCCCUUUCAAGGAGGCCAGGACAGUGAAGAUUGACAUUGCCAUUGAGGGAGAGCUCAUGGGAGCUCAUGAAUUACUCUCCUUAAUCAGUUCAUUCCAAAUGACAAUUAAGAGAUUACUCAUCACUCAGAGAAAUUACAAAGAAUACACUGACAUGUUGAAGAAUCUCACAUCACCCCUGAAAGAUGAAGGCAAACUAGAAGUUGAUAUCAGUGUCGACGAAGACUUGUGGAACAUCAGGGAACUACUAACUGAAAUAAAACAACGACACUUUAAAGUUAGAAGGCUAAAAGUGCACGAUCUUGUGGUUAGCGAUUCCAAUGUUGUGGAGUACGUUCAAAUGCUGAAGUGCCUUCCACAAUUGUCUCCAGAUACUAAUCAUAAUAUUGCCAGUAUUGAUAUCAUUGGUAAUUCGAUCAAAGCUGAUAAGCUCCUAGAACUCCUGGUGCGUCACCACUUCACAGUGAGGAAACUGCUGAUUAAUGACAAUAAUUAUAGAAAUGUUAUCAACUUGUUUGGAAAGGAGACAGUGAUUUUAAAAGAUAAAGAAAAGCUAGAAAUAACUUUAAACGUAGAUGAAGAUUUACGGAAGCUCACUGCACUUAUGAGGAUCAUCAAGAAAAACCAAUUUCAAGUCAGACUAUUUAAAGUCAGGGAUUUUACUUUAGAUGACACAAACUUUAGUGAAUACAUUUCAGCCUUGCAGGGUAUGCCAGUGCCUUCAAACCAGGCAAAUGAAACAUGUAUCGAUAUUGGCAUUUGUGGAAACUUAACAACAGGCACUAGAGAUUUACUAACCUUGAUAAAUCUCAAUGGAUUCAUAGUUAGACGAUUUUUGAUAACUAAACAUAAUUUCAUGGCCUACACAAAAAUGUUAGAAGGAAUGGAUGCAACCUUCAAGGCAGCAAAUAAUGUAGAAAUGCAUUUAAUUAUUGAUGAAGAUAUUUCUACCAUCAGCAGAUUGAUAACAGAGAUAGUGAAGAAAGGCUUUCAUAUAAAUACAUUCCAUGUAAGAGAUUUUGAAAUAAAUGAUUCUAGUAUUACUUUGUGCCUCUUGAUCCUGAGAUCUUUGUCUCCGCAAUGCAGAAAAAAUGAUAAGUUAAGUGUCAACAUAGCCAUCAAGGAUGGUUCAAGAAUCAGUAAUGACUUGCUUACGCUUAUCAGCAUUCAUGAAAUUAAUUUGGAGAGCAUUUUAAUAAUAGACUCAAACUUUGAGAGGUAUGUUCAUUUACUGGAACAACUUUUGAGACCCUUGCAAAAUACCAGCAAUGUAAAUGUUGAUAUACAGUUAACAGCCAGUCUCUUAGAUAUAAAGGAGCUUCUGAGAUGGAUCAAAUUUCAUAGGUUUCGCUUGAGAAAAUUCAGUGUUGAAAAGGGAGAGAUGCUAAUAACCACUCAAAAUGCAGAAUAUUAUCUCUUGGCACUGAAGUACCUGCCAAAGCUGGAGGAAAAGGCCUAUGAAGGGGAGGUUUCUGUGUACAUAGAUAAGAUGACUCCAGGAACUAACUUCAUCCUUCAAGAACUAGCAAGAAAUGAAUUCACGGUUUUCCUAGAUCUAUACCACGACUUCAAGAACCCUAUUGCUCCAACAGCAUCUACUGACAUGCUAAACAUUGUUUUUAGAAAGUGUCGAGUACAGAAGUAUGUUGGGAGAAUGUCAGGUGACCUGAGGCUUCCUCAGUCUCUGAAGAUAUUGUGGGCAAGUGUUUCUGAUGCUUCAGCCUACAUUCAACUCCAGAACUUUCUCAAGGAUCACCAUCUUUCAAAUUCGUUGUGUGUCUGUGCGAGCCUUAAUUUGAACCCAGAGGAAAUGACGCAAUCAUCAGGCUUCUACAUGAGGAACACUUUAUGCCUCUACAUCCCUGGGGUGACCUCUGAGGAGGAUGCUCUGAGAGCUUCUGAAAUUGCCAUGAAGUUUAUGUCCUUCACAAGAUGCCAAAAGCUUGACUAUCUCCUGUUCCCACGGAUGAACCUGACACAAGACAAAGAGGUCGACUGCUUCGUAUCGAGUAUGAAACUGCUAAGAGUUAUGCAACCUAUCGUUCUGCCUAAGUCACAAAAAUUCUUUUUUAAAUUUCUAAAUCUCAGCGUUAAAUGGGGAAUGCCUCGCAAUUUAUCAGCAGCUUCCUUUCCCGAUGUGGAUUCCUGGUGAAAUAACAAUGCAAGUAAGAAGUGCCUGGCAUUGUAGUGUCAGCUGUUCUCGAUAAUGUCUUUGGAUUUCUCCCUUUGAAAGCUAUAUCCCAGCUUUAGAAGAGGACCUUUGGUAAUAUGAUGACACGUCAGUAUCCAGAAGAUGGCUUUGGAUUAUGAUGAUGUUUAUGUCCUGGAGAUGACUUUGGAUAAUGAUAUGUUAGGGCCAAAAGAUGUCUUUGGUUGAUGACAUGUUUUGCCAUGGAAGAGGAAUUUUAAAAUGAUUAUACACUUAGCUAAGGAGAAGGACUUUGGUUGUGUUCAGCUCUGACAGAUGAUAUGUUUAGCUGCCCUAAGCCCCACUGGCCAUCUUGGAAUCUUAACUAUGUGGAAUUCAUACCAUUUGUGUGGGACAAGACUCUCAGGGGCCUAUUCCAAUUGGAUACAAGUUGCCCAGCUAGGAAUCAUUGGUCUGUUAGUGAAAAUGUCACCACCUGUUCCUUGAAGAAGAGCUCUUGACUCUCCUUAGGCCCCGUCCACACGGUCGAGCUUUGGUCGACGAACUUUGUCCGAUGUGACGUCAGAAGCGGAGAAACAGCGAGAAAAGUCAGAACUUUGCCGCGGUUUCUCCGCUUCUGACGUCACAUCGAACAAAGUUCGUCGACCAAAGCUUGACCGUGUGGACGGGGCCUUAGUAAUUAGUGCCACUAAAUGGUCUUUGGUGAAUACCCUGCAAUGAACGAUUGAUUGAUAACAAACUCUGGACUUUAGUGAAUGAUGUUGUAUUAAUCUUUGAUGACAAAUAAUGUUAACUGGUCCUUGGUGAAUAAUGCAUAAAAAAUCGUAGAUGAUUUAUAUAGUAUUAAUAUCUGGUAGUUUGGGGAAGAUGAGAUUGUACACUCUUCAAGAAGACAAAGACAUCCCGUGAAUUAAUCUUCGUUGAUUAAUUGUAUAACAUGAUCAUUGUUAAUUAUCAACAUUAAUAUAUAGGGAUACUUUGCUGAAAAUAGAAGUUGUAAAACACCCUUUGAUCAGUAACAAAAUGAGGUAUUCAUUGAAGCAACAUCAAUUCAUUCUGGAGAUUAAUAUCCAAACGAUUACAAAUGGAAAUCCUUGAGAUUAGUUGUACUAAAUAAUCUCAAGUUAUCUUUGUUUAUUAUCAACAUUAACUUAACUCGGGAGCUUGUCCUCUGGUAGAUCAUUGCAAAAGUAGCCUUGACUAAAAAAUCAUUCUGAUUUGAACUUAGGAAUUAAUAACAUUCACUCAUCUCUGAUGGAAAAGAACACUGUGUAUUCUUGGUGAAAAGUCAUUUGAAUUUAAACUACACUGCCUAUAACCCUCAAGUCAGUACACUGACACCUUCCAGCAUCCAUGAAUGUUAAGCAUCUUAUUCGUCCGAGGCAGAUGUCAGUUUUUUUAUUUUUCGGAGAAGGGAGAAUUUUUAGUCUGGAUUACUUUCCGCUACUUUAAUCGUAUUUGUUCUUGGCGGGAUGGCUUUGCAAUGCCCCUUUCUUUACCAUAUUUUAUUUGUGAAUUUAUGAAUAUAUUUUGUUCUUUUGUGGGAUCUCUUCUUUCUGAACUAUUUCUCUUUACCUCCUCUUUCUUCUUCCUGACGAACACCACAUUCUUUGGAAGUUUGAAUUUCAAGUCAGUGGCCCCUUUGGUCGGCCUGUUCCAUAUGAAUAGCUUUCAUCUUCUGAAUAAUAAUAAUAAUAAUGAUAAUAAUAAUAAUAAUAAUAAUAAUAAUAUCAACUUAAGGUUGAAUGCUCUGUUUACCUUUGCUAUGAUAGGGGAUGUGGUUGAAUUUGUGUGUGUGUGUGUGUGUGUGUGUGUGUGUAUGCACUGAGGUUUGUGUUCUCUGUAAUGCUCCAAGAACAAAGGGAAUCCUCUUGAUGAAAAUCAGUGAAAACAUUCAUGAUAUUUGUUACUUAUGGUAAGUUUGGUUUUAUUUCUGUGAAAUGAUCUCAGUGCAGCUCAGCACUUCCUUGACCUUUGUAAACGCUCAAUAAUGUAAAUAACAAACAUGUAAAUAAUUAUUUUGUAAGAGUAUAUUGCUAUUAAGAUAUAUCCUA